AAAUGCCGUACACGAAUGUAUUUAUCUGUUGAAGGGAGGUCCACUCAUCCGUCACAGAUGGAGUCUCAGAAUUCAAGCCUGAUCUGCGCCAUAUGCCUGGACCGCUUCCGGAUCCCCGUCACCAUCCCCUGCGGUCACACCUUCUGUCAAAAGUGCAUCGCCACUCACUGGGACACCAAGAGCAAGUCUGGCAUCGGCCCUGGGUGCCCGAUGUGCAACGAGGAGUUCGCCACCAGGCCCGUUCUCAAGAGGAACGUGUCCAUGUCGGUCCUGACCGAGGCCGCAAACAGCACCGGCCCCUGCUGUAGAGAGUCACUCGCCAGGGGGGGCGAAGCGACGAGACCCAUGCUGCUGUGCGAUCGCCAUAAAAAGCCGCUGGUUUACUACUGCAGGCAGGACAAAAUGUCUGUGUGCUGCGAGUGCGGCAUCUCGGAGUGUGCAAACCACGACAAGGUGUUGCUGGAGGCGGAAAGGGAAAAUCAAGAGCUGCUGCUGGAAAGGAAGAGUAACGAGGUGGGAAAACUCACUGAAGAGACGCUGAAAAGUAUCGCAGACUUGGCUGAGAAUAUCAAUCAAGCUGAGGUGACUCUUCAGCAGACCUCAAGCUGGGUCAGUGUCAAGUUCUCCGCCCUGAUCAAGAUACUAGUUGAGAAGCAGGAGGCUACAGAGCUCUUUAUUCAGGAGCAGAAAAAAGUCGCCAUGAACGAGGCAGCGGCGCGGCAAGCGGAGCUCGAGGAGCGCUGCCAGAAACUCGGAGAGAGCCAGUCGCAGAUCGCAGCUGUACGUAACCUCUCCGAUACAGAUCUCAUCAAGGAAUCAAUGGUCCUGGAAGUCCCACGUUUCAAAGACAUCCCCACAGUAGUGACUUCAAACCUUCAAGAUCGAUUGAACGGCGUCACCGAUGUCCUGACCCGAGUCUCCAAGCUGGUGUUUGAGGACCUGGAGAAAGCUGUGAACGCCGCUGUGAGUGCGGACGAAGAAGGUUCACCUCAGGACAAAAGGCCGAUCCUAGCUGUCGUUCCCAGUCCGGCCGCUCCGUGCCACCCGGGGGGGAAGGAGGGCCUUACUGCUUACCGCUGCUCUCUGACCUUCGACCCCCGCACGGCCAACGGGCACCUGUUUCUGUCUCAGGAGUACCGCAAGGCGGAGCACCUGACCUCCGGGCCGCGCACCGUCCCGCCCCACGAAGCGCGCUUCGACCACACGUGGCAGGUGCUCUGCUUUCAGGGCUUCACACAUGGGCAGCACUACUGGGAGCUGGAGGUGUCCAAGCCCUGGGCCUACCUCGGGGUCACCUAUGAGACCAUCCCCAGGAAGGAGAAGGCCAAGAGGUCCAUGGUGGGUAUGAACGAGCUGUCUUGGAGCCUGCAGCUCGACGAGCACCAGCUCAGCGCCUGGCACGACGGCCGGCGGGAGAUUGUGGCCGGCGCGUCGCGGCACAGCCGCAUCGGCAUGCUGCUGGACUACGAGGCGGGGACACUCACGUACUACGGAGACGGACAGACCAGGCUGCACGCCUUCCACUGUGCCUUCAGCCGGGAGCUGUUCCCCGCCUGCUGGAUAGGUGAGGGAGUCAGCGUCACCCUCUGCUCCCCGUGAGCCGAUGGCACUGGCUGAGUCCCCCCUUUAAGACAUUUAGGUUUUUAAUUGUGUUCUUUUUCUUUACAAUGACUGCCUUCCUUGAAUGUUUUAAGCAGAGGCUUUGACUUAUUACAGGAGCACUUACCACACAACAAAAACAGCUAGGGGAGUUAGUGCCGGGUGCUAAGGAGCCCUCGGUUUCUAUUUGGACGACGACAACACUUCCUUCAUUCCUUCAAAAGUUUCUUUGUUGCAACGCAAGGCGGGAUCAUGUAUUACUGCCGUUUGAUUUUAAAGGCAAACAAAAUAGUGUGAUUACUAAGUAACGUGUAGUAUUGCCUCUGACUUUCUUUCUUUUUGGGAGAUCUGCUUAUUCACUUUCUUGCUGAGGGUAAGAUGAGAAAAUCAAUACUUGGUUUUAAAGAAGCUACAUGCAGUAGCUGGCUAGCCUAGCUUAGCAUGAAGGCUGGAAACAGCUACGCUGGCUCUGACCAAAGGUAUUGGAUACGCAUAACAGCGCCUAUUAUACAAUGUUGCCUGGCAACCAGUUGAGAUGGCAGAAAGUAGAAUAAAUAGUCAUAAAGUCACCUUUUCCCUAUGGAUUAGAAUCAGUGAGCUCUAGAGGUGCUGGUUAAACUAAGUUUAGUUAGCAUCUGAUUGCUGUAGAAUACUUACUCUUAAUCUCCAUCAGGAAGUGAACAAGCACAUUUCCUCCAGGUAAGAGCCUCCAGCCGCUCUUUCAUCCGGUCCGCUCUUCUCAUGCAGCGGUGGGAACAGAUAAAACCGACUCGAGUCGUACAGGCACACACACGAGAAGUCGUAGCAGUAUAAGACAGCCACACUUUUCUUUUUUACAUUGCUGUAGUACGGCAAUUGUUGAGGAAUUGCUCAGGCUCAACUUAAGUGGCCCUUGCUCUCUGGAAUCGCUGGUUAUACUUGAAUUAUUAAAUAAUGUUAUGAAGAACAAAAAGAAAACCAUGCUGGUUUUCUUUUUGUUCUCAGAACCCUUUCUCUCCUUUUUCAAAAUCUCCUAACAAGUUUUGGGUUUGUUUAGCAGAAUUCACCAAAAGAAAAGCUGUGAGCCAGUUUAUAAUGUUGUGCAUGUGGGACAAUAACCCACACCAGGCUACAGUGGAUAGAAUUUUACUAGGUACUGUCCCAUUAAAAGUACAACGCCUUUCUGUUGUACCACAAGCACUGAAUUUGGUGAAACCAAAUGGUAGGCUGCACAUCACUGACACUACGAAACUGAAACAAGGGACUUUGGGAGUUCACCCGGCCUGUACAGUUUUUUAAACUUUGACAGUGUUGUGAUGGAAUUUGCUGUGCUGUACAUUUGGUUUUUAAUGGUCUUUUAAAAAGAAAAAAACAUCCUGAGCACUUAAGAACGGAUGGCUGUGAGCUUGAGGCGUCGAGGUUCACGACAUCAUGCGGCAGAAUGUGGGAAGCUGCCGUGGAUUUGCACAAGUUGUCAGAGAUGGGAAAAGCACGUUUUCAGCCCAAUGACAUGAAACAUCAGCCCUUGUGCAGACACUGGAAUAGGUUUGUGUUCGGUACACUAAUGCUCUGUUUUAAGUGGGACACCCAUCAAUUUGUGAUUUGGCGAUGCUCAGUGUAGAAAUAAAGGCAAAAGAAACUUGUUUUUCACAUGAAUCAACAUCCGUUUAAUAAAAUCCAAUGCACACAUGCA